CAUCUCAAUCCGUAUUCUGAAAAUUUUCCUAAUUCUUAAUAGGACGUCCCCUAUUUUUUUUUCUGACACCCAUAUUUGAUCAUGAACCAAUAAUUAAUUUUUUUGAUAUGCUUAGGUCAACCAAUAGAAGCGCCUCUUCUGAAAAAAUAAUGAAGCGGCAUGAGGCCUGUAUUAAUCUUCAAGUGUGAAGGACACAGGUCUACCCUGAAGAAGAAGUAGAGGCGUAAUUUCCCUUGCGCCCCGGACGCUUAUUCUUGUGCGCUACUGUGCUAAAAUAAAUCAGUAUUCUGAAAAUUGUCUUAUCUUUGUAUUGUAAGGACGUCCCGUCUCUACUGACACGCCCAAUUAUCAUCGAACAAUAAUUCAAGUUACAUGUGUGUGUCUGGGUCAACCAACUCUAAAUAGGAGUGCCUCUUCUGUAAAAACAUUAAGCGCAUUAUUCAAAGGUUCGAAGCUUUAUUUUCCCUUGCGCCUCAGACCCUUAUGCUUGUCUGCGCUUUGUGACGAAAAUUCAUGUGACUGUUCUCCCAGGCAAAUUUUCUUUGAAAACAUUCAUCUCCAAUGAGAUCUUUAAAUUUCUGAAAAGUCUUCAAAUCCGUUCUGUAAUAUCUCUAGAAAUAAAUUUCUUCUUUUAUAAAACAAGGGCUGAUCUUGCGGGAUGCCGCAAAAUAUUGUUGUUCACCGAAAAUAUGUCAUACAACAUCAAGUUACAAGAGCCCGGCACCACCUACUGUAAACACUGUUUAUUUGCGGGAUUAAUUUUUCGGGCUUGGCGGCUUCAAAACAUAUUGGAAGGUUCUUGAUUUCGCGCUGCACACUCCAUAAUCUCAAAGUCACUUCCUUCUUCCCCAUCUGUGCAUGGUUUUAAUUAACAUUUCAGCAACAAAAUUGUAUUUUCUGAUCAUAAUUUCUGCUCUAAAGCGGCGUAAUUCAGCAUUGUUUUGAUGUAAUCAUAAACUUUUGUGACAUUUAGCGCAACUUUUCUUUGCGGGACAGACAACGUCAAUGUUGACAACGACGCCGCCGUCAGAAAACUGAACAUCCUGUCUUACAUGUAGUUUCAGGUCACAUGACCAAGGUCAAAGGUCAUUUAGGGUCAAUGAACUUAGACCAUGUUGGGGGAAUCAAUAUCGAAAUCUUAACCAAGUUUUUGAAAUGUUGUCAUAACUUGGAAAUUAUAUGGACUUAGUUUAUGAAACUUAGACAUAAGGGUAACAGUGUAUCACUGAAUAUCCCUGAUCAUCCUGUGCAAGUUUCAGGUCACAUGAUCAAGGUCAAAAGUAAUUUAGGGUCAACAAACUUUGAUAAUGUUCGGGGUAUUUGUGGAAUUGUCAUAACUUUAAAAGUUUAUAUAUCUAGUUCAUGAAACUUGGACAUAAGAGUAACCAUGUAUGAGGUAUUAUUGAAUAUCCUGUGCGCAUUUCAGGUAUCAUGACCAAGAUUUAAGGUCAAUGAACUUUGGCCGUGUUGGGGGUAUUUGUUGAAUUGGCAUCAUAACUUAAAAAGUUUAUAGAUCUACACAUGUAGUUCAUGAAACAUAGACAAAAGGGUGAUCAAGUAUGAAUGAUUGUUUUGCACAUGUCUUAGGUCACAUGAUCAUGGUCAAAGGUCAUGUUGGGUCAAUGGACAUAGUAUUUUAUUAUCAUAUGAGUGUUUUCUUUUGUGAAUAAUUGUUCAAUAGCUGUUUUCAAAGUCAGCACUGUGCUCUAUUGAAUCGCGUAAUUCAGGCGAGACUGCCAAAGGCAUUCCACCUGUUAUUAUUAAACUUCUUUUCUCUUUCUCUUCUCCAGGCUGGAAUGGAGGAUUUCUCUGAGUCUUUUGAGGAAGUAACACUGUUGACAGCCUUUGUGACGUACAUGAGUUAUAUCAUCUUAGCUUUAGUUGGUUAUGUCCGGGAUGCCAUGAUGAAAUUAGGAAUAGAUGAAGAUAGAGCCGCCCAAGAGUCUCCAAAGCUGAAGGCUUUCACCCCACUGUACCAGGACUUUGACAGUUUCUUCACUCGUCACAUGUACCGAAAGGUACGAGACAACUGGAAUGUCCCAAUUGCUAGUCUACCAGGUGCUGAAUCACACCUACUCGAAAGAUACAGCGAUGAUAAUAAUUGGUCAUUCAAGCUCACUGGUACCACAAGGAAAGUGAUCAACAUUGGUUCAUACAACUAUCUAGGUUUUGCUGAAAACCACGGUCCAAGAUCAGAUGCAGUUCAAGCGACCACACAGUACUAUGGCAACGGAGUUUGUAGCUCUAGGCAAGAAUUGGGAACCCUUGCUGUUCAGGAAGAACUAGAGAAGCUAAUGGCAGAGUUCUUAGGUCAGGAAGAUGCUCUUACAUUUGGUAUGGGUUUUGCCACCAACACACUCAACAUUCCAAGUAUCAUGGGCAAGGGGUGCCUUAUUGUCAGUGAUAGAUUAAAUCAUGCUUCACUUGUACUGGGAGUGAGGUUAUCAGGUGCUACCGUCAAAGUCUUUGAACAUAAUAAUAUAGAGAGCUUGGAGAAGUUACUGAAGAAGGCUAUUGUUGAGGGUCAACCAAGGACGCAUAGGCCAUGGAAGAAGAUUCUUAUCAUCGUUGAAGGAAUUUACAGUAUGGAAGGUUCCAUUGUGAAGCUACGCGAGAUGAUAGCCCUGAAGAAGAAAUACAAGUGCUACCUAUACCUGGACGAGGCCCACAGUAUCGGAGCCCUCGGCCCUACCGGUCGGGGUGUGGUGGAGUACUUUGGCUUGAACCCUAGAGAUAUUGACAUCAUGAUGGGUACAUUCACCAAGAGCUUCGGUGCAUCGGGAGGCUAUAUCUCCGGCUCAAAGGAGUUGGUUGAUUACAUCAGGGUGCAUUCACACGCUGCUACCUAUGCCAGCUCUACUAGUGCACCGGUAGUAGAACAGACCCUUAGUACACUCAAGACCAUCAUGGGUAUGGAUGGGACUACUGUUGGACGAGACAGAAUUGAGAUGUUGAAAAAUAAUACCCGAUAUUUCAGGAGGCGUUGUAUGGAGCUAGGGUUCAUUGUUUAUGGCAAUGAUGACUCACCUGUUGUACCGGUUCUUCUUUAUCUACCAGCAAAAAUUACGUGUUUUGCCAGGGAGUGUCGUAAACGAGGCCUUGCCGUAGUCGUGGUUGGUUUCCCGGCCACGCCCAUCAUCGAAGGUCGAGCAAGAAUCUGCCUUUCAGCCGCACACACCAGAGAGAUGCUGGAUACGGCAUUGAAGAUAAUAGAUGAAGUUGGUGAUCUCCUUGGUGUGAAGUAUUCCAGACGUCCAUUACCACCACCACCAACAGACAAGUCAAAGAUGGAGUAAAACUAUUUUCAUUUUUCUUUAAUUCUGAUUCCCCAUGAUGCAUUAUUACACCCACCAGAUAUGAUUAUUUAUGUGAGACUUCACCAAUUUAUAUUUGAGCAAUUUUUUAAUCUAAAAAAUGAGUGUUUUUUUAAUGCAGGUAUUGUUUAAGUUUAAAAGCAUUUGUCAACAAUGAUAGUUUAUAUUUGAGCUGUUUGCCAGUUGACAUUGACAAUGUCUUUGAAUUUGGUUUUAACCUAAUAACUAUAACAAUUAUCAUGAUGAUAAUAACAUUAAUAAUGGUGAUUAUGACAACGAUGACUAUAGUAGUAAUAAAUAAUUUGAAGAAUUGUGAUGAUAAUAGUGUUCAUGAUAACUAGCAUAAUAGUUAUAAAGUAAUAACAAUAACAGCAUAAAGAGCAACUAUAAUGAUAAUUAUUAUCACAACAACAUGCAGCUCAGGAUUAUAGCCUCCUGAAUACUAUGUUUCUAGGUCCAUAAGUUUGUUCAGAAAAUUAGAAAAUACAUUGGAUCAUUUUGUUUGAAAAGUCAAUAUAAUUCUAUGUAAAGGUAAUUUUUCCAACAGGUCACAAAAACAAAGUUUUGAAGUCUAUUUAUGGUUGCAACAUCUAUCUCAUGAAUCAUGUCUUUAUCAAAUUUAUAAUUUCUGGUACCUUCAUAUAGGUACAUUGUACUGCAAGAAGCAUACUAUCAAUAUGUAAUAAUUACUAUGAUUUCGGAAAUAUGUUUGUUGCUGGCAUGCAUUACAAUCAAAGCUUUUAAUAAGGCAAUUAAUACUUAAUUUGGAUGAUUUAUUAUUGUGUCAAUUUUUUUUUUCCUCUUUUCAGUUUCUUUUAGCUUUGUAUUUCAAAUUUUAGGUUGAAGAGGUUUUCACAUUUAUGUGCUAUAUAUUUCACGAGUCAGGGAAUGUCGGACAUUUCCUAUGCAGGCAUGAAAAUUGUCUGCGUUUGUGUGGAUUUCCGUUUUUUGAGUAAUUUUUGAAUAUUUUUCAGAUUUUUUUCGGAAUUUGUAUCUUUAGCGCUACCAUAUGUAUUGCACCACAUGGCUAUGCGUGUGGAUGUAUUGUGAGCAAUUUCUCAACACGGAGCUCCCGGCCCCGUAGUGAUCUUGCUACCGCUGGCUCCCCUGAGCAUGGGCGGGCUAGCUUCUGUGUGGCUCGGCACUUGUGUGUGCUUGUGUUUGUGUGCAGUCGCGGUAAAAAUGUCUUCUACCUUACAGAUUUUUUUCCAUGAGGAAUUUUUGUGUGGAUUAUCACGUGUUAUAUGGCAAGUUCUCUUAUCAUUGUUUAAUGUGAUUGUGGUCUGGAUAUGGACAUGCAAAUAUCAGCAUUAAACAAAUUAAACAUUCUUAUUAGAACUAUUGAAAGCCAAGAAACAUUUAAUGUAUAUCAUGCAGAAUAGAUGCACUUUAAAGGAUAUAAAACAAGAAGUAUGGUCUUUUUAUAAAUCACCUUGGAGAAAAAAUAUGGAAUGAUAAAGAAAAAAGCUUGCAUUAAAAUGUUUUCAUUACAUUAAUUGUGUUUUAUACAUUGUUUUUAUUAUCAAACUUCAAUGUGAAUGUGCCUGUUCUAACAUUAUUAUUCUUGUUAUUUGAAGAAGCAUUUUAUCCUGUACUAGUGAGAGCUUUAUCACAAUUUUGUGGUCAGCUUCAUUGCUUAUGGUGUUGAAAUGGUUAAAAAUAUUUAAGGGGAAUCCAGCUCUGGUCAUAAUAUGUUGUGUUUGAAAGGAGAAAAAUAAACAAAACAGAAUGGUAAAAGUUUGAAAGAAAUCGGACAAGCAAUAAGAAAGUUAUGGCUGUUUCAAAAUUGAGAUCUCUAAGAGUAUGUAGAUUUCAAAUUGGCAACUGGGUAAGUAAAUUAUGACAAGAGGCAAGGACAACUUUCACAUAGGCCAUGUACUUUAUUAUCAGUUAUUUGUGGUUUUUUCCCCAAGUACCCAUUCCCCUGGGGCUGUAAUCUAAAUAUAGCCUAGGCAGUAUGCUGUUUUAUGUCCUCAUAAAAGAAAAAUAUAAUUUGAAGUAAAACAUUUGAAAAAAAAUGUAAUUUUAGUCAUUUUAUGUAUUGGAGUACAUGGAAGAGUAGUCCUUGCCUUACAUCACUUUGACAUCACAUAUGUUGCCAAUUUGAAAUCUCCAUAGGUAUAGUGAUUACCAAUAUUCACAACUUUUGAAAAUUCAUAACUUUCUUGUUGUUUGUCCGAUAUUGUUCAAACUUUCACCUAUCAACUUGUCUGAUUUUUCUUUUUCCUCUAAAAGCAAAUUUUUAUUUGGGUUGGAUUCCCCUUUAACAUCUUCAAACUUCUUUUCCAAUCAUGUUAGUUUAGUCAGGUACCAGAAUGGUAGCAUAUAGGAAGAAGCAUUUCUUUAUUUAUUUGUUCUAUGUAGCAAUUUAUGUAGCAUUGUAUGUAUAUAUUGUAAUAAACAUAUUUCUAGAUAUCAUUA